AUGGGUGACUGGGGCGGAGGGCAUAAAAAAGUGUUUCUCGAUUUUUUUAGCUCAAAAUUCAAAGAACCUUUGGCAAAGAGACCACGGAUCAGUGGUAAUGGUUUUAAAACAUUAUCACAAGAUGAGGGUGAUGCACUAAUCAGGCCUUUUACAAAAGAGGAGAUAAAAGGAGCUGUGUGGGAUUGUGGCAGUGAAAAGGCGUCAGGACCCGAUGGGUUUACCUUCGGUUUCUUAAAAAAAUUCUGGGGUGAAUUCGAGUCACCGCUCCUCGAGGUAUUCAAAGAAUUUCAUUCCCAUGGCUCUUUAUGCAAAGCUAACGGUGCUUCCUUCAUCUCUCUCAUCCCUAAGACAAACGAUCCCAGGACUCCGAACGAAUUCAGGCCUAUCUCCUUGAUCGGCAUGGUGCAUAAGGCUGUGUUCUUUAAAGUAGAUAUGGACAAAGCAUACGAUACCCUCAAUUGGAAAUUCCUGAUUACGAUUUUAUAUCACAUGGGAUUUCCAUCCAAGUGGCGAUGUUGGAUUAUGGGGGAUCCCAUCUCGCUGUUUUUGUUCAUUUUGGCUCUAGAAUCCCUCAACAUCAUUAUGAACAAAGCGGUUGUGGAUGGCCUAGUCGGUGGGUUAAGUUUACCUAACGGAGGUCCAUUAAUUUCACAUCUUUUUUACGCCGACGACGUUGUGUUUGUGGGAGAAGGCCUCAGGGUCAGCCCAUCUAAAAGUAAGGUAUAUGGGGUCGGGCUGGAUGAAUCGAGUAUCGGAUGCUUCGCUAAAGCUCUCAAUUGCAACGUGGGUUCAUUCCCAUUUAAUUAUCUUGGUAUGAUGGUCGGCUCCAACAUGAACAGAAUCGCAAUCUGGAAACUAGUGGUGGACCGGUUUAACUCCAAACUCUCUAGGUGGAAAGCAAAAUGCCUAUCGUUAGCAGGGAGAGUUACAUUGGCGAAAGCGGUACUUGGUAAUCUCCCCACAUAUUACCUUUCACUCUAUAAAGCACCAACAAAUGUAAUCAACACACUUGAGGGAAUUCGGAGGAGAUUCAUUUGGGGCGGAGUAAGUUCUAACAAAGAAAUUAGAUGGAUCAAAUGGGAAAAAAUGGUGGUGUCAAAGAAGUUGGGCGGGUUGGGGAUGGGAAGUAUUAGAGACGCAAACCUGGCAUUGUUACUCAAAUGGUGGUGGAGAUUAAGAGGAGAUGAAAAUCAGUUAUGGGUUAGGGUGAUAAAGGCAUUACAUGGGAGAUGUUGGAAAAAUGAAAUCAUUCCGGUAAAUAAAUCCUUAAUGGGGGUGUGGAAAAACAUCGGGGCAAUCAAAAAGGAGUUCCAAAAAAGCAACUUAAAGAUUGAUCUUAAGUUAAAAUGUGAAGUGGGUAAAGGGGACAAGGUGAGGUUCUGGGAAGAUUUAUGGCUAUGCAAGAAGACACUAAAGGAGGAGUUUCCAUUGUUAUAUAAUUUGGCUUCAAAGAAGAGUGCUAGAGUUUAUGAAAACUACAAAAAGUUGGGUUCAAGUAUAGUUUGGCAGUGGGAUUGGAAGACUAAACCGUCAACUAGUGAGAGUUGGGCCGAGUUUCUACGGCUUUUCGAAACACUUAAUAGCAAACGUAUGAAGGAUUCGAACGACGUGUGGGGAUGGGAAACGGAAAAAGAAAGUCUUUUUUCGGUGAAAGCUGUGAGAGAUGAGCUAGGUGAUGCGACUUACCAAAGUGAUGGAAAUCCGAUUAUGAAGUGGUGCGGGUGGGCAACAGCCAAGGCGAACACACUGGCUUGGAGGUGCAUCUCAGGAAGGAUUCCAACGCGAAUAGAACUAGCUAAAAGAGGAGUGCAGGUCGGGUCCGUGACUUGUCCAUUUUGCGGUUAUUCGGAAGAAACGGCUGAUCACAUCUUCGUUACGUGCAUAACGACUAAAGCCAUUUGGUGGCUCGUGGGAGUUUGGCUGGAAAAUAUGGAUAUAUUAGCUUGCUCGACGGUCAAAGAUAUUCUCGCCGUGGCAUGGGGGGUUAAUCUACCGACAGUACAAAAGAAGGCUUUCUCUUGUGUGAUCAUGGCGGCUAUAUGGACCAUUUGGACACAAAGGAACGAGAGGAUCUUCAAUAACGCACAUAAGUCAUACACAAGAAUUGUCGAAGAUAUCAAAGAAUGCUUGCUAUUAUGGCUCAAACAUAGAGGUCAAAUGAAGGAUAUUGUGAGAGAUUAUUGGUAUAGUUUGGGUGUGAAAGGAAUUAAUAAAUAG